AUGGGUAAAGAGGAUGCAUUUUCUGCCAGUGUCGGUGCUGGUGCUGCGCGACAGAAAACUGGCGGAUCUCAUGCGCCUUUUAAACGCCUACCCUUCAACUUUUGCUCUCUAUCACUCCAGCCAUUUUCCCACCCUGUAUGCACAUCCGAUGGCAUUAUAUUCGAUCUGACACACAUCCUACCAUGGAUCAAGAAGAACGGCACCAACCCCGUGAACGGUGCUCCGAUGAAGAACUCGGAUCUCAUCAAGCUACACUUCGCAAAGAACGAGUCGGGCGAAUAUGUUGAUCCUGUCACAUAUAAAGUAUUCACGGACAACACACAUAUAGUCGCGCUAAGAAAUACGGGGAAUGUAUUUGCCUGGGAUACCGUGCAAAAGCUCAACAUCAAACCUAAAAUGUGGCGAGAUCUAGUGAAUGACGAAGAAUUCGGCAGGAAAGAUAUAAUCACAUUGCAGGAUCCACAUAAUGUGAACACCCGAGAUCUCAGCACCUUUAAGUACCUGAAUGACGGAGAAAACAAUACUACAAGUGGAAAGGAUGGCCAGGGCAUCAACCUUAACGCCAUGGGCAGUUCAGCAAAGAUCCUACGAGCGAAGGAGGCCGUGGCUAAGGCGAGGGCUGAAAGAGAGCAAAAGGCAACAUCAUCGGAUGCGCUGAGCCAGAGGCAAAAAGAAAACUUGUCGGUCAAGAAGAGUUCGACUACCAGCAAAAGUGGAAAAGCUGUACCAUUUAAUGCAGCAAGGCACACUACUGGUUUAGCUGCUGCCUCUUUCACCAGCACAGGUCUAACACCGCAUACCGCUGCGGAUUUGUCGAUAAUGACAGAUGAAGAAUACAUGCUGAAACGUGGCCGAGUAAAGAUCAAGGGCUAUGCACGGAUAGUUACCAAUCUGGGCGAUCUUAACAUUGAACUGCACACAGAACAUGCACCGAAAGCCGUGUGGAAUUUCAUUCAGUUAGCUAAGAAGGGCUACUACAAGGGUGUUACCUUUCACCGGAACAUUAAAGGCUUCAUGAUUCAAGGUGGUGAUCCAACUGGAACUGGCAAAGGUGGAGAGAGUAUUUGGGGAAAAAGUUUCGCAGAUGAGGUUAUUGGGCCUUUUAAGCAUGAUUCUAGAGGAACGCUCAGUAUGGCGAAUAAAGGAAAGGAUACCAACAGCAGUCAAUUGAUAAAGCUUGCCGGAGUAUAUCUCCAAUUACUAACAUUUAUUAGUUUCUUCGCUUAUCGUGCCGUCCCUCAUCUGAACGGGAAGCACACUAUCUUCGGCCAUCUAAUUGAUGACCCUUCUCCAUCCUCGCCAACACUAGAUGCAAUGGAAGUAGCACCCGUGGACUCCAGCACAAACAGGCCUACUCCUGCUAUUACCAUGCUUGAUGUAGUGGUAUUUGUGGACCCAUUUGAGGAAUUUCUCAAUAAGAAGCGAAAAGAGGAAAAUGCUCAGCAAUCAGUAUCUGGGGCCAGCAGUGAUACCAAGGAUAAGGGAGAUGAUGAUCAAGUUACAUGGACCGGCAAGAGACUACGUGGAUAUGGCUCAAACGAGAGCGGCAGCGCUUCGGGCAAUGUAUCUGGAGUUGGUAAAUAUUUGAAGGCCUCAGCUGCGGCCUCCAGGGGAAAUGAGGAUGAGAUCGUCGGAUUUGUUGAUGAAGAUGAACCCGAGUCAGAACAUGCGCGUAAGAAGAUCAAGAAUGCAGGACGCGGAGGCUUCGGGAAUUUCGAUUCUUGGUGA